AAAGCGGAACAGCCAGACACUGCAGCCUUCAUCAUGGAGCAGAGGAAAAUACACCUUCAAACACGAGCCGUUGAUGACGAGUGGCUGAGAUGUGACCCUCCUCCGUCUGAGAACGGUUCGGGAGACUCCACUCCUCCACCGGUGAUCUCACAGGCGAAUGUCGAGAAAGAAUACUCUGAACAAGAGCAAACCAUGAACGUCAAAGAGCUAGUCAAGACUUUUAACGACUGUUACCAACAACGUCCUCCAUUGCCGACCAAGCCACCAAGCAAACAGGCCACACGGAAAACUAUAAAAUACGAUGUCUCAUCUGUUUCCUUCAAGCCAAUGACACCAUCGGACAAGGCUUUGAGGAACCUCAAACUUAAAGAAUUAUCCAACAAACAGGCCAUCAAUGUUAAAGCUGGGCAUCUGUACAAAGCAAUCCAGAGUUACAUCCAACUAAUGUCUACACAUGAUGGAAAUCUUAAAGUGCUCAUCUCGGAGCUAAGUAGGAUCGCUGAUAACUUGGACAAGGUUUCAAGGGGAACAAAGAUCGCUGGCAUCACUGGAGGAGCAUCAACAGCAGCAGGAGGAGUGGCAGCUGCCGCCGGGGUGAUCCUGGCCCCUUUCACAGCGGGAGCCUCACUGGCCCUGACCGUUGUUGGGGCCGGAGUGGCUGCAGCUGGCGGUGUCACUGGGGCGUCAGCAGCCAUCGCAAACAAGGCUAAUCUAAAUCAAGACAAAAAGAAAAUUGAGAGAACCCUUCAGGAGUUCAAAGAGGCUUAUGAAGAAAUCCUAACAUGCCUGAAGUCCAUUAACGAGGGCAUGGACGUGCUGAAGUGCCAUGGUGUGUCUGUUCUCAAAGUCAUGGUGGACAAAAACGAGAUGGUUUCAAAGGAGGCAGCCUCUGCCGUGCAGCUGACUAUUGGGAAAGCGAGUGCCAUAGAUUCAGAGAAGAGCAACAAUGCUUCCGGCCUGCUGGAUGGCUUCGCACUUGGCAUGGAUAUCUACUUCAACAAAGAUGGACAGACGGUGAAGAAAAAGCUUGCAUCGCAGCUCGCCAGGAAGCUCCGCAAACUAGCAGAAGACCUUGAUUCUGGUCUGAAAGAGCUUCAUAAGAUAAAGGAUGUGUUCAAUGACGUUUAAAAUAUAAAUCUUGUACCUUUCAGAAAUUGCGAUUUUUGAAAGAAAUCGCAAUUUCUUUCAAUUCAUGCAAUAUUUUAAAAUGCUUAAUCAGCCCUAUAUGUAAUGGUUAUAAACACUAGAAAAUAAGCUUGUAUUUACUUUUCCAUGAU